AUGUUCCAACGGCGACGCGUACGGCGCGACACCGUCACACCUGCCCCUUACGUCGCCAGUCCUUCGGAGGAAUGGGAGGGAAACGAUGGAAGCUGGUCAACCUUUAGGAUCCAUAUAGGUACACCCGGCCAGAAUUUCCGUGUCUUGCCUUCAACGGCUGGCUCCGAAACGUGGGUGCCAAUGCCCGAUGGGUGCACCUCGAGAGAUCCGGAAGACUGUCCUCAACAACGCGGUGUCGAACUUUUCAACGGGCAAUCGAGCCGAGGCUUUCUAUGGAAUGAAAGUACUACCUGGACGGAAACCGGCCUCUACACUCUAGAUUUGGAAGCAAGUUUGGGGUAUGAAGGGCAUGGACACUACGGCAGCGACAACGUCACCUUGGGCUCGACACAGGAUCCGGGCACGUUGGGUUUAGGGAGACAAAUCGUCGCCGGUAUCGCAGAUACAGAUUAUUUUCUGGGCAUAUUUGGGCUUGGAAUCCGACCGGUCAGCUUCUCCUCAUCGGCAUCAACCCUCAGUUCCUUCCUCGUCAACGCGUAUAACCAAUCUUUGAUCCCUUCUCUCUCCUAUGGAUACACUGCUGGAGCGCCUUACCGUCUGAAACGAGUACUUGGAAACCUAGUUCUGGGAGGAUACGACUCGAGCCGCUUCAAUCCCUCAUUGCUAUCCUUCAGCUUCGCCGAAGAAGAUUCAAGAGCAUUGACCGUGGGCAUACAAUCGAUCAUCGCAUCGAACACACUCCUUGGCGUCGCCUCCUUCACUCCUAAAGGACAUCUAUCGGUCAUCGACAGCACCGUACCCGAUAUAUGGUUGCCACGAGACGCUUGCGACUUGAUGGCAGAGGCUUUUGGCCUAACUUACGACGAGCUGACCGAGCUCUACGUAAUUAAUGACACCAUGCGUUCGAAGAUGCAGCAAUUGAAGCCGUCCAUCACCUUCAAACUUGGAAACACUGCAUACGACAAUGGGAACAGCACCAACAUUGUCCUCCCCUAUGCGGCUUUCGACCUCCAGGCCCGUUGGCCUUAUUACAAGAACCCGACGAAUUACUUCCCGAUCCGUCGCGCUGCGAACGAUUCGCAGUAUACCCUUGGCCGGACAUUCCUGCAAGAAGCAUAUCUCAUCGUUGACCACGAGCGAACCAAUUUCACGGUCAAUCAGGCCACGUUCCUUGACCCUACAUCCGCGGCUCAGAUCGUCACCAUUAAUCCCAUCAACUCUAAAUCGCCCUCAUCCACUAACCUCUCCGGCGGUGCCAUAGGCGGAAUUGUCGCUGGCGCCGUCGUGCUCCUCCUAGCUGGCGCCAUUGCCAUAUGGUUCUUCCGCUUCCGCAAA